AAAAGGGCCAAUAGAAGAGAAAACUGUGGAAAAAGAAGGACAAGAAGGAAAAAAAGGGACUGAAAAAGAGAAAAGCCCUAAAGACAAAACUGUGGAAGAUGUCUUUCCAAAGACAACAAAUGUAGAACGUAAAAAUUUAUAAAUGUACAUUUUUAUUACAUAAAAUGUUCAUAUUGGAUCUACAUAAUAUUGAAUGUUCAAUAAGAUUAAAAAAAUAUAUAAAUAUUAACUAAUUAAAUUUUCAUAGAAGGACAAGAGGGAAAAAAAGAGCCUGAAAAGGAGAAAUCCCUAAAGAGAAAAUAGUGGAAGAUGAGUCUACAAAGACAACAGAUCCGAAAGCACAAAUUGCACCUGAUUUUGUUCAAAUUGAGGAUGAAACUUAUCUUCUAGAUCAAGAUGAUGAUAAAGUUUCCACAAAACUUAGUGAGGAGACAGCUCCAUCAUCACAAAAAAGUGAUCAGUCAACCACAAUGAAAACAAGAUACAAAAUGGUUGCAAGGAAAAACAAAAACAAAAGCCUUGUUGUUGUGCCAAGUGGUAGAAUUACAAGGAGCCAAGAUGUUCUGUUAGAUGAAUCUGAAAAAGGAAGCCUGAAGAAGGAUGUUGAACCUGCUAAAGAAACCGCAAAAAUAGGACAGAAGAGAAGAAUGUCUACAAGGACUUUUCCUAUUCAAAAGGAAGCUGAUGCACCACCUCCAGCACCUACUCCAAUAAAAAAAAUGGCAGGUGCUCCUGCUGAAUAUCCUCCAGACCAAGGCAAAAAGGGUGGGAAAAAGAAAACUCCAGAAGAAGUGAAGAAAACUUCUAAGGUUGCUGGCAAAAGAAAAGCAGAUGUCAGUCCUGCCAAGAGAAAUGCUGGAAAGAGAAAAAAAAUACAAGAAGUACCAUCAGAUGAACCCUCUCAAGAUCCUACUGAUGAAAGUUCUACUGACAGUGAUGAUGAUAGUGAAGAGUCAGUUUAUAGAGCAGAAGCAGAGCCUGUCAGUGAGGAUUAUUAUGAGGUGGAGGAAGAGGAGGAAGAGGAAGAAGUAAAGACAAGGAAGAAACAGGCAAAGAAAGGGAAUUCAGUGAAGGCAAAGGUUGAAAAGGAGGAGCAAAAGAUGGUACUGUAUGAUGAAGGAAAGAUUGAAGGUAGGGGAAAAAAGAAAAUGAAAACUGAAAUGGUUCAAGCAAUAGAAACUGAUGAAGUUGAGGAAAUUCAGGAAGAUGAAUUUGAGGAAGAGAAAUCUUCAAAGAGAGGAGGACAUGUGAAGUUCAUUGCAUGGAUAAAAAAAUGACACCUACCCAAAAACAACAAGUUGUUGAUAUAGGGUUAGGAUCACUUCUUGACAUUAGUUUACCUCAACUUGAUUAAAAGUUCUG